AUGGACAAUGAUGACCCACCUACCGACAUUUUUAAAGGUAUGCGUAUCAUUUUAACACAAAAUAGAGACAAAAAAAAUGGGGUAGUCAAUGGGCAACCAGGUAUUAUUCUAAUGAUGAAAGGCAUGACGAUCCUUAUAAAAUUACCCAAUGGUAAAACUGUAUCUGUCUACCCUGUUUCAACGGUGAACAACGAAGCAGACCAAGACGGUAGCGAGACAAUUACAAAAUGCUUCCCAUUUGUGCCAGGAUAUGCUAUCACCAUUUGCAAAUCGCAUGGCCAAACACUUGAAAAUGUUGUUGUCUGGUUUGACACUACUAACAUUGGCCAAGGUGGAGCAUAUGUAGCUUUGUCACGUGUUAAAACUCUAGAAAGCAUCAAGUUCCUAACACCACUGCUAAUGUCACAUUUUCAUCCAGUUGCAUCACAAUAG